GAUGCACUGAUUUUGGCGAACUCAUUCGAGGAUACACAACUGUCAGUGCUUCGCAUUUGUGUGUCUGCAUAAUCUACAAUGAAUACAGCAAAAAAUGAGAGCCAGUGCAACACUGCACCAGUCAGGAAGAAGGCUGUGCUGAUGGACGGCAUAUACCUCAACGGCCCAACACUGGACAUCAAGGCGGCUGAGGUGUUUGUGCAGGAGGCCCUUCCACUCAUCCUGGAGGAGGCUGUGUGGAAGGCCAUAGAUGUCAGGGAGAAGGUGUGUGAGUGGCAGCCCCCAGAGAGGCUUAAAGAAAUCCUGGACCUGGAACUGAAGGAGGAGGGAGAAGACCACUCUAAAAUACUGGAAAGAUGCAAAGAUGCCAUGCGAUACAGCGUAAAGACUGGUCACCCUCGCUUCUUUAACCAGCUGUAUGCAGGGAUGGACCCCUAUUCCCUGGUGGGUCGCUUCAUCACAGAGGCCAUCAACCCUAGCUUGUACACGUAUGAGGUGGCCCCUGUAUUCAUACUUACUGAGGAGGCAGUGCUAAAGAAGAUGAUGGGGUUCCUCGGAUGGGAGAAGGAGGGUGAUGGCAUCUUCAGUCCAGGUGGCUCUGUGUCAAACAUGUACGCGGUCAAUGUGGCCCGGUACAACCAUAUGCCUGGAAUCAAAGAGCAGGGUUUGUCUGGCAUGCCCAGACUGAUUUUGUUUACAUCACAAGAGUGCCAUUAUUCUGUAGCCAAAGCAGCUGCCUUCCUUGGAAUCGGAACCAACAAUGUGUAUGUGGUGUCCUCUGAUGAGAGAGGAAAAAUGAUUCCUGCAGAGCUGGAAAAGCAAGUGCUAAGGGCCAAAGAAGAGGGAGCACUUCCCUUCUUGGUAAACGCCACUUCUGGGACCACCGUGCUUGGCGCCUUCGACCCGCUGGAGGACAUCGCCGACAUCUGCCAGAAAUACAGCCUUUGGCUCCACGUUGAUGCCUGCUGGGGAGGAGCAGCACUGCUGUCCCAGAAACACCGGCACCUUCUGAAGGGCAUUCAUAGGGCGAACUCUGUGGCUUGGAAUCCACACAAGAUGCUGAUGGCGGGUUUGCAGUGCUGUGCCUUCAUGGUCAGAGACAAAACGGGUCUUCUUCAGAGAUGCCACUCAGCCCAGGCAUCUUACUUGUUCCAGAAGGACAAGUUCUAUGAUAUCAGCUAUGACACUGGUGACAAGUCUAUCCAGUGCAGCCGCAAACCUGAUGCCUUCAAGUUCUGGCUGAUGUGGAAGGCUGUGGGAACCAGGGGCCUGGAGGAGAGAGUGGACCGAGCCCUCGCAUUAGCCAGGUAUCUGGCUGAGGAGAUUAAGAAGAGAGAGGGAUUCCAGCUUCUCAUGGAGCCUGAAUAUGCCAACAUCUGCUUCUGGUACAUACCUCCCAGCCUACGGAAGAUGCCCGAAUGCUCAGAAUUCUGGGAGAAGAUUCAUAAGGUAGCCCCAGUGAUCAAAGAGCGAAUGAUGAAGAAGGGCUCGAUGAUGGUGGGCUACCAGCCUCAUGGGAACAGGGCCAACUUCUUUAGACAGAUAGUUAUCAGCCCUCAAGUGAGCCGAGAGGACAUGGACUUCGUGCUGGAUGAGAUCGAAGCGCUGGGGAAGGACUUGUAACCACAGCUGUGUGGUCUCUUUGGUGGUGGGGUGAAGAACUUUUGACUGUUCUAAUUUUUGCACUGUUGCCAUAUUUACACAGUUGUUCUCUCAUUCCAUAAUGUGACAGGGACAGGCGCUCCUUGGAAUUGAACGGUUACACCGUUUGUUUUAGAAACACUGUGACUGAUGUCACUUGAAGAGGACAGGAGUGAGUCAGGUGCACAGGUGGCACUGUGUCCUUUCUAACAAUGCUCUA